AUGAACGAUUUGUAUUGGAUUGUUUCAGAUACUGGACAUGUUUUAGAUGUAACUGGAUCUAAUACCGCUCCAGGAACACCUGUGAUCUUAUAUACUAUCAAUAAUCUAAGCAAUCCUCUCAAUCAAUUGUGGAGAAUUGAUGGCAACCAUAUUGUUUCCAAACUAAAUGGUUUUGCAUUGUCUCUGAGUGAUUGUGUAAUCAAUGUAAUCCAGCCAAAGAACGACGAAGAUAAACGUCAACAUUGGAGAUAUGAUGUUAAUGACUCUACACUUAACUCUGUUCUUCCAUAUUAUGUUGCGACUGUAGUGAAACCUGUCAUAGCUGAUCCAAAAGCUCUUGGAUGCAAACAUCUCGAUACUCCAGUUGCUCCAAAAGCUCAAAGAUUUGUUUUUGUUAAAUGGUCAGGUUAUAAAAUUUAG